AUGGUUCUACUCCUCUUAAUAGCGCACAACAACAGCUCAGACCCAGCAAUGGUACAUCUUCUCUUAGUAGUGCACAACAACAGCUCAGACCCAGCAAUGGUACAUCUCCUCUUAGUAGUGCACAACAACAGCUCAGACCCAGCAAUGGUCCAUCUUCUCUUAGUAGUGCACAACAACAGCUCAGACCCAGCAAUGGUACAUCUCCUCUUAGUAGUGCACAACAGUUAA